GAGGAGGAAGUGGGACGGAGGCUGAGCGGGCUGCGCGGCGGCGCUGGAAGGCGCCGGGUUAACCCCUCGAGGGCGGCGGCGGCGGGGAGGCUGCUCCGACUCGGGAGCGCUGCAUCACGCUCCUCUUCCCCAGAACAGGAUGCGUCAGCAGUACAUUCACGUUCCGACUGAAGGACAAAAGGAUGAGAGAGCGGUCUGCGCGGCGGCCGCCUGCAACACCGCGAGCCCGGCGCCAGGACACGGUGCGCGCCGAGCGCAGGGGCCCCGCCGCCGCCGCCACUAGCGAGCGGAGAGCAUGUCCCCGGGCUUCGGAGCGUUUCCCGCAGCCGCGACCCCCGCUGCUCACGCCGCCGCCGCAGUUCGCGGGCAGCGCAGCCGCUGAAGGCGCCGGGAGUCGCAGCCCCGAACUCGUUCGCUCCGCACGAAGCCAGGGCCGGAGGCGCGCCCGGGGCCCGGCUGCGGCGGGCGGUGACGCGCUGCCCGGCGCUGCGGCCGGUGCCGGACCCGCGCUCGCCCCCGGACUCCCCGAAGGGGCCUGCGGUGCCCCGGCGCCCGCGCCUCUCCAGCGCUCGGACUCGGUCCCCGCGGGGCUGGACGGAUGACCGCUCCCCGCGCAGCAGCCGGCGGACGGGAGGCAGCCCCGGCGGUGUCGCUUUAACCCGUGAGAGGCGAGGCGAGAAGGGGGUGUGUGUCUGGGGAGGGCACCGGAGCCGCGACGCCGCCUCUUAACUCUCGCCGCCCCGCGAGCUAACGACUGCACCAGUCGCCGCCGGAGCGGCCGCCCCGGGAGAGCGGGCAGCGCAGCGGCGGAGCGGCCUGAGGCUGGGCGCCCCCUCCUCCCGCCGGGGCUGCCCGGGAGCGGGCGGGGGGCGCCGGAGCGCACUCCGGCGAUGAAGCGGCUUCCCCCGUGGCGGGUGCGAGCCGGGGCCAGGGUCCAAGGACAAAGCCGGGAAGCGCGGUGGCGCCGCUCCUCCGGCUGAGGGGGGAGCAUGCACCUGCAUAGCCCGCCGGGCCUCCGCUCUCCCCGGCGCCUCAACUCCGCUGCUCCGGCGUAGCCGGCUCCGGGAUUACUAGAAGCCAUUUUGUCUCCCCCUCCCCUCGCCCCGCCACCCUUCCCGCCCCCUCUUCUUCCCCCCUUUGUUAAUGACAACUAAGAAGUAAGAAUGGGAACGAGGCGGCCGGCUCUCGGGGAGACCGAUUAAGGACACCACGCCAGUUCCUCCCUGCCUUCCUUCCGAGAUGGAAAGAGGCGCUCCUAGCUCACUUAAGCCGGGGUAGGGCUGGUUCUCCUUUCCGAGCCAAAAUCCCAGGCGAUGGUGAAUUAUGAACGUGCCACACCAUGAAGCUCUUGUGGCAGGUAACUGUGCACCACACCUGGAAUGCCGUCCUGCUCCCGGUCGCCUACCUCACAGCGCAAGUGUGGAUUCUGUGUGCAGCCAUCGCUGCUGCCGCCUCCGCUGGGCCCCAGAACUGCCCUUCUGUCUGCUCCUGCAGUAACCAGUUCAGCAAGGUGGUGUGCACCCGCAGGGGUCUCUCCGAGGUCCCGCAGGGAAUUCCCUCCAACACCCGGUACCUCAACCUCAUGGAAAACAAUAUCCAGAUGAUCCAGGCCGACACCUUCCGACACCUCCACCACCUGGAGGUCCUGCAGCUGGGCAGGAACUCCAUCCGACAGAUUGAGGUGGGGGCCUUCAAUGGCCUAGCCAGCCUCAACACCCUGGAGCUGUUCGACAACUGGCUGACGGUCAUCCCCAGCGGGGCCUUUGAGUACCUGUCCAAGUUGCGGGAGCUCUGGCUGCGAAACAACCCCAUAGAAAGCAUCCCCUCUUAUGCCUUCAACCGUGUGCCCUCCCUCAUGCGCCUGGACUUGGGGGAGCUCAAGAAGCUGGAGUACAUCUCUGAGGGGGCUUUUGAGGGGCUAUUCAACCUCAAGUACCUGAACUUGGGCAUGUGUAACAUUAAAGAUAUGCCCAAUCUCACCCCUCUGGUCGGGCUGGAGGAGCUGGAGAUGUCAGGGAACCACUUCCCUGCAAUCAGGCCUGGCUCCUUCCAUGGCCUAAGCUCCCUCAAGAAGCUCUGGGUCAUGAACUCACAGGUCAGCUUGAUUGAGCGGAAUGCUUUUGAUGGGCUGGCCUCACUUGUGGAACUCAACUUGGCCCACAAUAACCUCUCUUCUCUGCCCCAUGACCUCUUCACUCCACUGAGGUAUCUGGUGGAGUUGCACCUGCACCACAAUCCUUGGAACUGUGAUUGUGACAUUCUGUGGCUAGCAUGGUGGCUUCGGGAGUAUAUACCCACCAAUUCUACCUGCUGUGGCCGCUGUCAUGCUCCCUUGCACAUGCGAGGCCGCUACCUGGUGGAGGUGGACCAGGCCUCCUUUCAGUGUUCUGCACCCUUUAUCAUGGAUGCACCUCGGGACCUCAAUAUCUCCGAGGGUCGGAUGGCGGAACUGAAGUGUCGGACUCCCCCUAUGUCCUCUGUGAAGUGGUUGCUGCCCAAUGGAACAGUGCUUAGCCAUGCCUCCCGCCACCCCCGGAUCUCUGUCCUCAACGAUGGCACCUUGAACUUUUCCCACGUGCUACUCUCAGACACGGGGGUAUACACAUGCAUGGUGACCAAUGUGGCAGGCAACUCCAAUGCCUCGGCCUACCUCAAUGUGAGCACGGCCGAGCUCAACACCUCCAACUAUAGCUUCUUCACCACGGUCACCGUGGAGACCACCGAGAUAUCACCUGAGGAUACAACACGUAAAUACAAGCUUGUUCCCACCACGUCCACUGGUUACCAGCCGGCAUAUACCACCUCGACCACGGUGCUCAUUCAGACCACCCGUGUGCCCAAGCAGGUGGCAGUGCCCGCGACAGACACCAACGACAAGAUGCAGACCAGCCUGGACGAAGUCAUGAAGACCACCAAGAUCAUCAUUGGCUGCUUCGUGGCAGUGACUCUGCUAGCUGCCGCCAUGUUGAUUGUCUUCUAUAAACUCCGUAAGCGGCACCAGCAGAGGAGUACAGUCACAGCCGCCCGGACAGUUGAGAUUAUCCAAGUGGAUGAAGACAUCCCAGCAGCAGCAUCCUCAGCGGCAACAGCAGCUCCAUCCGGUGUAUCAGGUGAGGGGGCAGUCGUGCUGCCCACAAUUCAUGACCAUAUUAACUACAACACCUACAAACCAGCACAUGGGGCCCACUGGACAGAAAACAGCCUGGGGAACUCUCUGCACCCCACAGUCACCACUAUCUCUGAACCUUAUAUAAUUCAGACCCAUACCAAGGACAAGGUACAGGAAACUCAAAUAUGACUCCCCUCUCCCCCAAAACUUAUAAAAUGCAAUAGAAUGCACACUCACAAAAAGACAGCAACUUUUGUACAGAGUGGGGAGAGACUUUUUCUUGUAUAUGCUUAUAUAUUAAAUCUAUGGGCUGGUAAAAGAAACAGAUUAUAUUAAAA